AUGGCAUCUAGUGUUGGUCAGCAAUUGAUGCAGGAAAACGAAUUCGAUACUUCUCUGGCGUUGUCGUCUGCGAAUCCUAUACCUUCGCUGUCAGAAAGUAGUGAGGUCAGAGGCUCUUACCAGCUUCUACCUGCUGCGCAAGGGCCUGGUCAGGCAGCUGAACGGCGGAAAAGCAUCGGGAAGAAAGACGCUGGCGAAAGAGACGAGGCUUCUGCCCCUGUCGGCAUACAGCCAACUGCCGGUACCGCCAGCAGUCCAGGUGCAGCAAAGGGUGCAGCGACAUCGAAGCCGAAGCGAGUGAGGACAGGAUGUUUGACAUGCAGGGAAAGGCAUCUCAAGUGUGAUGAGGCUGUUCCGCGCUGCCUCAAUUGCCAGAAAUCAGACAGGCAAUGCAAGCGUGGAAUUAGGUUGAAUUUCAUCGAUACGCAGGUCGCUGCACCGCCGUAUGCUGCGCCAUCUCCGCAGACAUGGCAGAUCAACUUUCGAGACGAGUCGAGGGAGAUAGCUUCCGAAUACCUGGGCGGAUCUGAGAGAUAUCGCCCCAUAAAGAAUGAGGAGUUUACCAAGCCCAUUGGAUUUGGGUUUGCCAAUAUAAUGGGGUUUUCCAUGCCCUCUCAUCAGACUCUAGCCAGUGCACCGGCCUUACUGACAUUUCCUGAUGCCCCGUCUGCUGAAGGGUACGAAUCUAUGUUUCAAACGACUCAGCAGCCGCCCUCUUCUAAUCAUGUAGUUCAAGAUCAACCUAUUCCACAGCCACCAGUGCUUACUCUAGCACCUCCAAGGGAUCCGAAACCAUAUCUAAAUACUCCGGAAGAGGUGCUUCUCAUGCAAGUGUUUGUCGAAGAGGUCGGCCUAUGGAUGGACUCAAUGGAUGCCAUGAAACACUUUACUCGUAUAAUACCAUUCUAUGCUCUUGGAGAGCCAAUGCUUUUGAAUGCGCUGCUAGCAUGUGGUGCCCGCCAUUUACAUCUUGUGAAUGUGACGUACAAGGAGGAGAAAGCCUUGUUCUACUACAACUCUGCCACCCAGGAUCUUCUCAGAUACCUUCAAAAUCCUAACCGAGACUCUGCUCUGUCUGCCACAACUGCCGUGGUCCUCAAUGUCUACGAGGUCAUGUCUACAAAGGCAACUCAGCGGAUGAACCACAUAGCAGGAGCCCGGGCUCUUAUCAAGGAAUGCCGCUGGGACGGCAGAUCGACCGGAGUAGGAGGUGCCUGUUUCUGGCUAAACGUCGGUAUGGAGCUAUUAAGCUGUCUUCAUUACAAUUGGAAACUAGCCUGGGAUCCGGAUACCUGGGGAGUGGAUAUGAAUAUGGUUCCGGCUGAGUCUAGUAUUGUCGGGAACGAGGAAUUAUGGACGCAUAGGAUAGUGUACAUCUGUGCAAAAGUCGCUAAUUAUCGAACAACAAAGCAUCAACCUUUAGUUCAUGAAAGACAGAGCCACGAGCCCGAUGUAAGUCGACAAAGCGACGAAUGGAAUAAAAUGAAAGCCUGGUGUGAUGAAUGGGAGAGAUGCAUACCUCGGUCGAUGCGGCCGCUCGGGUACCUGCAGCCGUGGCAGUCGAAGACAAAGUCUUCAUUCCCCGAAGUUUGGCUUAUCAAGAGAUCUUCCGUGGUUGCCCGACUGUUCUACCACACUACAUGUGUUCUUUUGGCAAAGUCCCAUCCAACCGAGUCCCAGUUUAGCGAAAAUAUGCUAGCUAUCCAGCAGAGCCACGCAAAUGACAUCUGUGGCAUCGUAGCACAUGUCAAAGAUCGUGGUGUUGCUAGCGUCUCCAUUCGGUGUCUGAUAAUAGCGGCUGAAUGCCUUGUCAACAGGGUCUCACAAGAGCAGGUUCUAGAUAUCAUGGAUAAAAUUCUCAAGGAGACCGGCUGGAAAAUCGGACCUCUUCAGCAAGAGCUAGUGCAAAAAUGGGGAUGGAAUGUCAAAACCGAAGGCCAGCCAAUGCCACAGGACCAGCACCAACACCAACAUUCUCACCAACAACAUCAACAGCCUGCCAUGACCUCCAUCCCUACAACCUCAACAGCUGCGGGCCCUAUGAACAUGAACCCUUCCUUGCUACCUCCCGAAGUGGGCCUUGUCCCUCCUCGCCCUGCUAUUCCACAAGGGAUCGUUAAUCCAAUGAUGGCGGCUGCUGAUUUUAACGCAGCCAACCACCCAUAUCAGAAUCAUUACGUCGCACCACAAAACACUCCGCAGGGCAGUUAUCAAUACGGCAAUUACUAG